UAAAAUAUCCGAGCCCUGCCCUAGUCCCUAGCUGCCUAGCUGUCAACAGUGUCAACUGUCAGUUCAAGUUGCUCUGCUCUGGUUUUCUGUAUGGUGUGGUGUUACAUCUAAUUCACACAAGUGUUACGAUUAUUAGAAAUUCUUUCGCACUUGCAACCGUAAUAAAAAGACAUUUGUGUUUCAUCAUGGGAAACCUCUGUUUAUCUUGCUGUAAACAGACAUCGUAUUCGUGUGAAGAUCUACAACCAGAUUUGGAAACUAGAAGAAGAAUGCAAAAGGAAGCAGCAGAAAAAAGAAUUGCUGAAGAACAAAGCAGAGGUAUUAAGAAUAUUGACGCUGUCAAAAGACAAGAAAGAUUAGAUCAGUUACGCGAUAAACGUCUAGAAGAAGCUAGUGGUGGCAGUACACAAAAUAAUUUGAAGUGGCAAGUCAGCUAAUGGGGAACUUAAAAGAAAGUUAAUUAUUUGAUAUGAAUUUAUUUAAAAAAGUAAGAUUAUUCAUGAUGCAAUGUUGAGACAGUGUAUAUUGUAAUGCACUGUGUUGUAAUAGAAAUUAAGAAUACCAGUAUCAUAGCUUAGCAUUUUGUAAAACUUAAGUACACAUAUGUAUCUGUUUUUACAUUAUAUUUUCUAUAGUGCCUUAAAUGUUUAUACUAGUUAUACCAAAA